AGGGUUAGUUUGAUCCACUUGUUUGCAAGUUAGGUAAGUGUCAAGAAGAAGAAUGGUUGGUAGUUACAAAAUCUUUAGGCAAACUAACUUGUCACAUGUCCCAUUCCCACUGUUCCACUAUACACUACUUGCAAUUCAUCCUUCCAUUCUUUUGGAGGUAGUGCAGACAACACAAGCAUGAACUCAGAGUCAGGUUACCAACCACUUCUAGUUGGUCUUCAUUCACACUCCCAGAUUCCAGAUUUGUCAUCAGACACCAUUGAAGAGUUCUUGAAACAAAGGUCCAUUGAGUUGAGAUGGUGGCCACAACUUGUUGCUUGGGAGUCAAGGCUCAUAUGGCUAUUGUCAUGGGCCUCCAUUCUUGUCUCCAUAUUCAACUACAUGUUAAGCUUUGUCACCUUGAUGUUCACUGGGCACUUGGGGUCUCUUGAGCUUGCUGGGGCAUCCAUGGCCAUUGUUGGAAUUCAGGGUCUUGCUUAUGGGAUUAUGUUGGGGAUGGCAAGUGCAGUGCAAACAGUGUGUGGAGAAGCAUACGGGGCAAGAAAAUACUCAGCAAUGGGCAUCAUAUUGCAAAGAGCAAUCAUCUUACACUUGGGGGCUGCAGUGAUUCUCACAUUUCUGUAUUGGUUUUCAGGGUCAUUUCUGAAAGCCAUAGGUCAGUCAGAGAGCAUAGCAGAGAAAGGUCAAGUUUUUUCACGCGGAAUCAUUCUUCAACUCUAUGCAUUUGCAGUAUCCUGCCCUAUGCAGAGGUUCCUCCAAGCACAGAACAUUGUGAAUCCUCUUGCAUUCAUGUCACUUGUGGUGUUCCUUCUGCAUGUGCUUCUCACUUGGUUGGUUCUCUUUGUAUUCGACUAUGGACUUGUUGGAGCUGCUCUUACUCUCAGCUUCUCAUGGUGGUUUCUUGUCUUGUUGAAUGCUUUAUACAUCAUUCUUAGCCCAAGAUGUAACCAAACUUGGGGUGGCCUCACUGUCAAAGCUUUCAAAGGAAUUUGGCCUUAUUUCAAACUGACAGCUGCUUAUGCUUGGAUGCUGUGUUUGGAGACAUGGUAUAAUCAAGGACUGAUACUUUUAUCUGGGUUAAUUUCCCAUCCCACAGUCUCAGUGGACACUAUUUCUAUUUGUAUGAAUUACUUAAACUGGGACCUCCAAUUUAUGUUGGGUCUAAGUUCUGCAACCAGUGUCAGAAUCAGCAAUGAAUUAGAGGCAGCUCAUCCAAGAGUAGCAAGAUUUUCUGUCAUCGUAGUGAAUGGAAUCAGCAUUGUCAUCAGUGUAGUUUUCUCUGCAAUUAUUUUGACAUGCCAGGAGCCUUUGAGCAAGCUUUUUACUUCUGACUCUGAAGUCAUUGAGGAAGUUUCUAGUUUGACUCCACUGCUUGCUAUCUCAGUUUUCUUAAAUUUCAUUCAACCCAUACUGUCAGGAGUUGCAAUUGGAUGUGGAUGGCAGGCUGUUGUGGCAUAUGUAAAUUUGGCUUCUUUCUAUGUCAUUGGGCUCACAGUUGGGUGUGUUCUUGGCUUUCAAACUACUCUGGGAGUAGCUGGUAUCUGGUGGGGGAUGAUCUUCGGAGUUUUAGUACAAACAGCAACUCUAACAAUUCUGACUGCUAGAACAAAUUGGGAUGUAGAGGUAACGGAAAUUAAAAGAAUACUUACUGUUACAGAAACUGCUUGUUACAUGCAGAGUAAAACAAUUUACUCCACAAUUGUAGGUUGAAAAAACUCUUGCUCGCAUCAAACGAUCAGCAGAAGAUGAGACCCUAGAUCUCUUGAUUACGAACAUUUGACAUUUUCUUUUUUUCAUUUUCUUUCAGGCUUAAUUAAAAUAAAGUUGUUUAGCUAUAUUUAGUAUCAGCUCACGUAAUUUUGGUGGUCAAAGAACUGAAACAACUUUCACUCACGAUUAAUUAUUGAUGAAAAUUCCAAAAAUGUCACAACGUGUGCAUAUAAAAAGAGGGCAAUUUAAAAAUUCAAAAUUCACGAGAUUGAAAGUUGGCAGUAUUAAUUAUUCCUUUAAGCCCAAGUGAAAAGUUGUAUAACUCAAUAAUCCUUAACCAUAGGAAUUAAAAUAAUUAAUAAAGAAAGGAAUGAUCAGAAAACUGCUUCCUGCAUGUGAAAUUUGUGACAACUUCUUAUUCUAUGAUUAUCCUGUCUGUUUCCGAGCCAACAUUUUACACAGCUGGGAAAUGUCAGAGUUUCGUAAGUUCCACAUUGAGGAAUAUAUUUAUUUAAACUAUAAAUUAUUACAUUAAACAACAAUGACGUGUUG